AAUGUUAUAGUAUGUUAUAGUAUAAUGGAAGAAAUAUAGUGUUCUUUUAAUAAGUUGUGUACUUUUUAGAGCCAUUUAUGUGUUUUGCUCUCGACCAAACCUGAUGAGGUGUGAACUUUGAGCUCUCCAUGCUGAGGUCUGUCACCUGCUGUUGUGUAACGGAGGACAGCGAUGACGGAGCACCUUCUGAAAAUUCUCAUUGUUGGUGAUGGAAACGUCGGCAAGUCUUCCUUUGUUCAUCGCUACGUUAGCGGACAGUUCAACAAGACCUACAAGAUGACGGUGGGAGUGGAUUUCUCCGUUAAGCUGCUGCGCUGGUCGGAUAAAGAGAAGGUCCGACUGCAACUCUGGGACAUCGCAGGCCAAGAGCGUUUCAUAUCCAUGACCAGGAUCUACUAUAAAGGGGCGCUGGGCUGUGUGGUCAUGUUUGACGUCACCAGUUCCUCCAGUUUCUCCAGCUGUCGCCAUUGGAAACAGGACCUGGACAAUAAGGCCAUGCUGCCCAACGGAGACUCCAUCCCCUGCAUCCUGGUGGCUAACAAGUGCGACCUCGCUCACAGGGCCGUCUCUGCAGACACCAUUGACAAGUUCAGCAAAGCCCACGGCUUCAUUACUUGGAUGGAGACUUCAGUCAAAGACAACAAGAAUGUUGAAGAAGCCAUGAGGAUGCUGGCGCAGGAGAUUCUGUCGGUUCAGUCCACCAUGGACCCGAUCCACAGACCUGAAUUCCGAGUUUAUCCUCACCCGGACUCAGAGUUCAACAGAAGCUCAGGAGAAGGACGAGGCUGCUGCUGAAACCACGAGCAUCACUCGGAGCACAGCAGGAAAUACUUUUCAUGUGGAUGUGAACUGUACGCUCUAAACGUGUGAUCACCGGAAGGACUGUGAACUGUUAGCAACUCUAAAUGAAGUUUGACUGUCUCGGAGCUGAUUCUGGCUCUCCCACCUUUAAUAGUUUCAUUUUGAGUUAAAGAUGUAAGUUAAACCAAGUUCAAAUAAAGAUCAGGCCUCGCCUAUAGUGAGAAGCAACA